UUCAUCUCGUGGACAGAUUGCAAAGGGCCAUCGCCUCCAGAGACAUUCCUGACACGAGACACUGUUAAAUAACUCAGCCUUUAGGCGCACCUUUGUCCCGUCAAAGUCUCUGUGUACAGAGCAAGAGGGUGAAGGAGGCGGAGGAGGAGUUGAAAUAAGACAGGUUGAAGAAAUAUUAGAUUACAGCAGUGACAGGUGAGCUCCUCCUUUGAACUGGGACACUGAGCAGAGACGAGCUGGACAUGGCCGGGUACAAGCCGAGGGUGAUUUCUCUGACCAAGAGGCAGGGUCACACAUUUGGAUUCUACUUGAGGGUGGAGCACGCUGAAGAGGGUCACCUGAUCCGCUGCCUGGAAAUGGGAGGUCCAGCUGAACUGGCUGGCAUGAAAGAUGGAGAUCGCAUCCUGCGGGUCAAUGGAGAAUUUGUUGAUGAACUGUCCCAUUCAGAGGUGGUGGAGAUGGUGAGAAACAGUGGACCAACAGUCACGUUUCACAUCCUGGAUGAAGAUUCCUACGUGCAAGCUAAAGCACAGGGAGUGAACCUGUCCCACCCUCAGAGCACACCAGUGGCCAAUGGGGCUUCCAAACAGGAUCUAAAACCCAAACUGUGCUACCUGGUUAAGUCCAGCUCAGGCUAUGGGUUUUCCAUUCGGUCAGAAAAAGGUGCGCCGGGUUUGUUCAUGACAGAAGUGAUGAAAGGAAGUGUGGCUGACAGGGCGGGGGUUAAUGUCAAAGACCGCCUGCUGGAAGUCAACGGGGAGAGUGUCGAAGGCGCCACACAUGAGGAAGUAGUGGAGAAGAUCAAGCUGUCUGGCGGCAGCAUCAUGUUCCUGCUUGUGGACGAGGAAACAGACAGGCACUACCAGAACAAGAAGAUAGGAGCGUGGUUAGCCACCGCCAAGCAUCUCCCACACAAGCCAUGCAUCAUUGAAAUUACCAAAGGAACUGAUGGCUUUGGCUUCCUGCUCAAUGAGGACACAACCCAAAAAUGCCACUUCUUGAAGGACAUUUCCAGAGGCAGCCCAGCAGAAAGGGAGGGUGUGAAGGAAAUGGACAGACUAGUAGCUGUGGACGGCAAGGAGGUGGACGGCUGCAACCAUGGGCAGGUGGUGGACAUGAUCAGGCAGAGUGGAAAUAAAUGCUGCUUCCUGGUGGUGGACAAAGACACAGACCAAAUGUAUAAGAAGGGGAAAGUGUCUCCUAUGCUCUUCUUGGAGGAGACUAGAGAUUCAAGCUCACCUCCGAGUUACACAGAAGCCCUGAAUUUACCUGCUCCUGUGCGGCCAACCACACCUGUUCAGGCGAGGAAGGAGGAGCUCAAGCCUAAACUGUGUAGGAUGGAGAAGACCGCGGCAGGCUAUGGCUUUCACCUGAACGGCAUCCAGGGGAUCUCUGGACAAUUCAUCAAGGAGGUGAUAAGCGGUGGAGCGGCUGACAGGGCGGGUCUGGAGGAUGACGACAUGGUGGUGGAGGUGAACGGAGUGAAUGUGGAGCAGAGCAGCCACGAGGAGGUGGUGGAAAUGAUCCGCAGCAGUGGCAGCUCUCUGGAGAUGCUACUGGCUAAAAGGAGUGUCUAUGACCAACUGAAAGCUAAAGGAGUGUCCAUCACACGCCUGCUCCUUGGGGAAACAUCUUAUGUCCAGGUCCACACUGCAGACACUCCAGAGGAAGAAGAGAGACAUGAAGAGGAGGCCAGACCUGAAAGCCCAACUGAACAAGAGCGGGAGAGGACAAAAUCAUCUUCAUCUCAAGACAGUCUUGAUGAGAGACUCUGAGAAGCUACCACAAGGAGACGCUCUCCGAUUGGUCUAUCUAAUGUUGAUCCAUUGUCAUUUUAAACAAUCAACUCUAUGGGCUUCACACAUCCAAUUGAUAUCAGAGAAGAAAAGGAAAUUCACGUGGAUAAAGGACAGUAAAGACUUUUGAAAUUCAUUGUCAAUAUCUCAACCAUGUAAAAAGUGUCCUUGAAUACUUUUUUUUCUUCCCAUGAUGCAAAUAGUAGAUCUAGCCUUUUUGUUAAUGAGCAUGUGCAUUGAUCUUAUUAAUGUAUAAUGUCUGCCAAAACCUGAGAUGACUUGUGUUACCAAGAUAUCUACAAGCAACAGAACCUAAGCUAACAAUAUUCCUGUUGCCAGUAACACUGGGGAAUGUUAUGUAUUAGUUUCUCUAUGCAAAGAUCUGCCUUUUUUAAUGUCCAAAUAAUUAAACACAAUAAAUGAACACAAACUAUCUGAAUUCA